AUGUCCAUCUCAAGUCAAGAACCCGAGUCACCGCUAUCGGGGUCAUUGUCGUCAUCACCAGAGCAUCAGUUACAGAUACCAUCAGAUAUCUCAUUACUUCUAGACCUCCCUCCAGAGCUCAUCGAUAGCAUUCUUUCUCAUCUCUCCCCCUAUGAUCUGUCGGCUAUAUCCGCUACCUGUCGAGAUCUGCGCAAGCAUGCCCUCUCCGACAUUCUCUGGCAACCUCUUGUCCAAGAGAAUGUUCCCGGCAUGACUCUCAACAGCCCUCACCCUUGCAAUAGCUAUCAUGAGCUAUACGCCUCACAUGAUCGUCUCUGGUUCCUUCCCCGUCAGAAGAUCUGGUUCUGCGAUCGGGACCUUACUGGCAGACUCAUGCUUGUCCGCUACGACCCACGUCGAGGCUGUAUUGAGGGCUACCAACUUCUUGCAAGCAGAGGGCGACCACUUCAUCAGAGUUGGCUUGGCCAAGGCGAUGUCUUGAUCCAAGAGUUUGAUCCAAAAGUCAGACUCCAUCUCGACAAGCCUAUAUUGCAGUUCCGCGUUGGAGAGGAAGCUCCCGUUGAAUUCACAACGCGGCCUGGUGCCAAUCGAUUUGCCGAUGAGAUGCCUGUCACACUUGAUGAUCGGAUCGAUGCUCUUUUCAGCAACUUCAUGUUGACAUGUGAACUCGACCAAGAAGAAGCCCUGGACAACCUCAAGAGUUCAUUCCCGUACGGCAACAUAUGGCCACCGCCUUCUGUACCUUCAGAUCAUCAUGUCUCGGGCGGUAGCACGCAGAUCACAGAGGAGGGUAUCUUUGUCAACACACCAGCGACUCGGCCCCGACGACGUAGGGAUGUUUCAGAGAGAUUCUUCCGAGUUCGUCAAUGGAUGGAAAUGGCGGGUGGUUUAGCUCGCAUUGGUAUGGCUGCCGGUAUGACUGGGAUAUUUAACAUGCUAAGAUUGUCUCGUCCCGCAGCGGCCGGUGGCCUUCCUGGCGUCCACGUCGGCGAGGAACUCAUCACCUAUUCAACUCUCGAUCCAGAAUUGUAUACCCCAACACCGUCGAAGCCCUGGAGAGGCAUCUGGGUUGGCGAUUACAGCACCCACGGGUGCGAAUUCUUGCUCGUCCACCAGCCCGAUGACGAGACACCGGCAACGGACGAAGAACUCGGGCUUAUACGCGGAGAGGCGGAAACAGAGGAUGCAUGGGUAGCGAGACGCGACGAAGGGCGCACAUAUCAAGGGCGGCUCGAGGCUAUCAAGCUGACGGGUGAUCCUAAUGUCCCGCGAGGAGAGAUCACUUUUAUGGCCAAAGACUUGAGCGACCUUGUUGAUGGGCCUCCGGCAGAUCCUCGCUUCCAAGGUGUGAGAACGGUUCACAGCCAAGGCCAUAUCGCAGAUACAGGUUUUAUAUCAGACAGGUUUGUUAAAAGCCAUCUUAUUCUUGUCAGUCAUGAUCGCAUAGCGCAGCACUGGGUUGAAUUUGGUCAUGUGAGCUAUUUCCAGAGGGUCAAUAUUGAUGAGUUCCUGAAGGUUUAA